UGUAGAUAAGGAACAUGACUUCAGCUCAGUAGUCUGCCACGGUUCAGUAUUCGGCCCGUUUUAUUUCUGCAUUUCAGUUUGUUUUCAUCCGCCGGAGUAAAAGGAAGGUGUGUCUGGGACGCACGCAGUCACACCAUGGAGUUUAGGAGGUGCUGUGCGACCAAAGUUGUUGGCAAAUUGAAAGUAGAACCGCAUUAAAAUACAUGAGGAAGUGCUGCCUCACUUGAACCGCUGUAGAUUUCUUUCUUGCUCACAGGGAAGUGAAACGUCUGCAUGGCCGCAGAGCGAGAGGAAGAGAGGGAGAGAGACGCUGCUGGUCAUUAGAGCAGCUGCUUCCCCCAUGAGAACGGGCUGCUGGGGUUCACUGCCGACGAACGCAGAGUCCCGGGCAGAGGCGGCAUCCGUCCAGAGAUGGGUUUCGGCGAGGAUCUCCGGUGUCCACAGGCGCACGCAGCCGUCAUGAGGCUGUUGGAUUCUGAGCUUCACCUGAUGGAGGUCAUGAAGAAGUGGAUGGGUCAGCGGGCGAAGAGCGAGCGCGAGUUUUCAGUGCAGCUCCACCAAAUGACGGCGAUGGCCGAGAAGAUGGACCGGCCUCAGAUCAGCUCGGGGCUGGAUUACAUAAGUCAGCUGAACAAGUCGUGGGGAGUGUUGGUCUCGCAGACGGAGUCCCUCAGUCAGGUGAUGAGGCGGCACUCUGAGGAUCUCCUGGAUGGGCCUAUCAGCAAGCUGACUCUUCUCAUCAGAGACAAACAACAGCUCCGCAAAACCUACGCCGAGCACUGGAACCUCCUGAGGAACGAGCUCAACAAGGUGUGA